AGGGAUCAAGGCAGGAUGAAGAGGUUAUUUGUGCUUGUGCUGUCUCUCACCUUACUGAUUUUCUUCUCAGGGGCCUCCCCGAUUCUGACGGAAAAGCGGGCCAAACAGGUCCUGAGAUCCCGGCGCCAGGACAGGCCGAGCAAACCCGGGUUCCCUGAUGAACCCAUGUGGGAGUACAUGCACCAUCUGCUCCGCCUGGAGCACCGCGCUGAGGAGCAGUUCCUGGAACACUGGCUGAACCCGCACUGCAAGCCCCACUGCGACAGGAACGUGGUCCAUCCUGUGUAAGCAGCUCGGACCAGCCCCCGCAAGCAUUUUGAUAAACAACGGCCCGGAUACUAUUGAAACAAGAUGAGGCUCCUUUCGUUUCUUUUUUCAGCUGUGGAAUGGACGUCUUCAGGUUUUGUGAAUUGUGGGCACAGCAAAGGUUGCCUUGGGGAUUGAUGGCAGAUAUUUAUGCUGCUUCAUUUGACUAACCUGCACAACUCAUUAAAACCAAUCGCUUAAACUAUAGGCCCCCCCUCCCUCCCCCGCAAUGGCCUUCCUACCGCUGUGGAAGGGUGAGAAGAAGGAGAAUCUUUCCUGGGGCUGGUGGAGCUGGGACCUCCGGAACAGGAGAGGGGUUAGCGAGGAAGCCUUGUUCAGCUAAGUAAGCACACCACUUGGGGCGGCUGGGGUUUUGGACAUUGCUUUUUUUUUUUCUUUCUCUCCUUUUCUGCUCUAAUAAACACUGGUAUUAAGCCUGC